AAUGUUAAAGAUUUAAGAGCAUUAUCAGAAUUAUCAGACGACGUUCCCACCACCUGUGCACAAUAUUGUACAUAUACCUUUAUGGAACAUGAAACAAACGAUGUGCUCCAUGUCGGUUUCGUCGAUAAGAGGGAGGUCGGCAUGAAAAGUAAUGUCAUGGAGGCAAAAGCCUUCAAGGAAGGGCUAUCCAUAAUGGAGGAGAGAGGUCUGCAAGUCAAGGAGGUGGUAACGGAUGCCCAUCCCUCAAUCGGGAAAUACAUGAGUAUUUUUUUUUCAAUGUUAUUGCCAUCCUUCACACUACUUUAUAUUAUCUUUUUAUCUUUUUUGUCUUUUUUUUUUGUUUCCUAUAAACUAUAUGCAUCCCUACUUUUUUUCCUUCACAAAGGAGAAUCGAAGCCUGAAGUGAAGCACUCUUGGGAUGUCUGGCACGGUGCCAAGAACCUUGCUAAGAAACUUGCAAAGGUAAAUUGAAUUAAAAUUUUGUAAGGUUUUAAGGUUUUAAAAGUUUUGCAAGGAAUCUCCUCGUAUGUGGGAAAUAAUGAUGUGACGUAUUUCAUGACAGAGACUACAUAGGGAGUGGUUGUUCACCAUUUAUGAUCUCUUUUAUUUCAAAAUUCCCUCCCACUUCUCCAGAGAUACAUGGCAUAUAGCCAGUCACGACUGGAUUUUCAAUGUUAGUUCAAAUUGGUUUUUGGUUUUUAACAAAUGCAAAUUUUAUUUCACACAAAUGUCUGUUUUGUCUUAUUAUGAUCAUCUAUUUACAUGUUCUAAUCUAUAGGCAUCAUCAAAAGCAUCAACAAGAAGCCUACUGUAUUGGGGGAAACAUAUCAUCAGGCAUUUUUGGUACUGCUCCAAAACAUGCAGAGGGAAUCUUGUAGAUUUCAAGGUAUGGUUAUUUCCUCAUAACUGAUAUUUAAAAAAAAAACGUCUUAACAUGCUUUUGUUUCCUGCCAAAAUCUUUCAUUAUCUUUGUCUUCUUUUGGCCUGCCUAACUUGGUAGAACGGCUUAUAUAAUUCAAAUAUGGAGUUUGGAAAGGGGGGGGGUCCACAUUUACUUCCCUCUCUAUUGUUACUGCUGAAUUCCAUCAUCUGCUCUACAAUAACAUGUAUACUAAAAAAAAUGUUUUUAAUCUCCAGUAAGUAUAAUACAGUACUAAAAGAUUCCAAUAAGUGAACUUUGUAUUUUUGUUAAAACAGGGCUUUUACCAAGAUGCCCCCAUUUCAAUCAGCAGAAAUGAAAGGUCAAUAAAACAAACAAGAAGUGGACAGAUAAUGGAAACUCGAAAAGUUGUGCGCAAUGAUGAAAUUUUAGUGAAUACCGACGCAUUACUUGGCACAUUUAUGUUGUAGCCACAGUGAUCCAUCUCAUGAAAUAGUCACACCAGGCUAUGUAGUCAAGAUGAGCAAACAUGCUUCAUGGGGUGGAGAGCCUGAAAUUAUCGCUACCGUGCAAGCUUCCAACGUGCCAGUGAAAAUUAUUACAAGCUCUGAAGAUGCAGAAGCAGUGAAAAUGAACCAGUACUCGGUGAAAAUGUUCAAGAUGAGGCCAACCUUAUAUUUAGGAAAUAACCAUGAAAACCAUUAUAUCAACUUAGUUAAGUCAGUAAUGACGUCUUAUUCCACUCAUUUGUGUCACAAACAGGAUGUAUAUUAAAUAAAGUACAGAGAGUGUUAUGUUACAGCAUAUCAGGGACCAACAGAUACAAUCUCGUGGUAAUCAAAGUCUAUGCUUUGGAUACAAUAUAUACUUUCAGGCAACACCUUUUCAUUGAUUUUCUUUUGCUGGUGAUGCUACACCAAGAUGGACAUUGCACCUUUUAAAGACUACAAGAAGGUGAUAUUUUCUUCGCUUAUAAACAGUUGACUGAUGACAUCACUGCACAAAUGAGAUAUGAAGCUGUUUUCAUGGUGCAUAAUGUUAUAUGAUGGAAUUAAUGUUGGUAAAAGGAGAACCUUGUUUAUUAUGAAAAAAAAUUCCCCCAAAGCAGAGAUUUUUUGUGAAAGUGGUAUCUUUUUUCCUUCUACAAUAGGACACAAACUAUUUCCGAUGGCCCAGAGUAAAGGAAAGACCGACUAAGGCCGAGGAAAGAGAUU